UUCUUCUCUACACAUCACACUACACCACCUCACCGCAUCUUUUCUUCGCAGUUUUCUCCUUUUGCUGGCAUCCGCAUUUGCACUCAGGCGUCGUUUGACGUUGGAGCUUUGGUUCGCUCAACCUCGCUCCUUUUCCUUUCCUUUUAUUCUUGAUCGGACGACGCGCCAUUCCUCGCGUCCGCAUCUGAAUCAACAACUCACCCACCCCAGGGACUCCUUCCAUGCCAUCACCUUUUCAAGCGAUUAUCGAUCUCCCUAUACAAUUCACCUCUAAUAAUAGCCACGACGAUUAUCGACUAAUUCGUCCCGGACGAGACUUGGGACCUGGUGCUGCUUGUUGGGUCAAGAACUAUGGCAUCGCCAUCCCCUCCUGUAAGCUUAGAGUUGCCGAGAAUCCACAAUGUUUAUUUUCGCAGAAAACACUUUGAAUAUGAAAAUGGCUGACUUCCCCAGGUACAACCCCUGCGCAUUCAGAAAGGUCAUUCGUUGUCGCCCAAAAAGCUGCCACGACCACUGUCCGAGAUUGCGCCCUCAGAGAAGAGAAGAAACUCGCCAAGUUUCCCAGUAAGUACAAUUUCUGUGACUUUACUACGUCGGAAUUGAUGGCCUUUGUCGUCAAUCGGGAAGCUGAAUACUAAUGUGGCAACGCCUCAAACAGAAGUCGCACCUCAAUAUGGACUCGUCUCCAUUCCAGUCCUCCCCCUUCAGCCCCUCGGCCGAGGGCAACUCAUCACCUCGACUGUUUUGGCAAGGCCGCGACCCUGCGUCUCCUUUCAAAAUCAAAUCGGAAAAUGACCUAUAUGCUGGGCGAGAGUCAUCCCCUUCUCCCACCCGACGAUCUUCGAUCGAGCGACUGCAGCGUGCGUCGCGUGUGAAGAACAGCAACAUGUUUGCGCGCGAGCAAAAACAAGAGUACGAUCCAACCUCAGUACCCCACAUUGAACGCCCGUUGGCCAAACAGCUUCAAGGCAAUGCAUACGGUGGCUCUGGAUUGGGAGGUUUUCGAUCCGCUGGAGGAAACGUUGGUCACAAACGCAGCGAAAGCGCAUCGAGCGUCCCUCUUUACAGCCCUCAUCAUAUUCCAAACACCCCUACUAGAUCACCUCUGAAAACUGGUGCCAACCCUCUUCGAUCACCCAGCAAGGACCAAAUUUCACCAACCAAAUCAUCUUUUGCCUCGGGAAAAUUCAAUGGAAAAUCUAGCUUUGAUUCUGAGAAUGGCAUAUGGUCGGCUGCAGAUUCGGAAGAAGAUAAGAACCUUCCUGAAGGAAGAAUUCUUCAUCGACAUGCAAAGAGCGUCACAUUCGAUGCAGCGCCUCCUCAGGUGAAUGAAUAUGAAAUGGCAACACCAGAUAUAUCUUCGAUUGGCUCAGAUUCGCGCGAACAAUCUUAUGAUUCAGCGGAGGAUGAAGACGACGAGCUCUAUGAUGUUCACGGGGAUUCUCUGGGACCAGAUGAUAGUUUUGACGAUUCUCUGGAGGAUACUGAUAAGACUCCCGUGGUUGGCCCGGAGGAUUGGAGACAUGCAAGUCCAGACACACAUGAUGAUGGCGUCACAUUUAACAAUCCUUUUGGAGGGCAUGAUGGUAGUCCUAUGCCAGAUGCUCGACCUUCAUCUUCGGCUGGACAGCCAGCGCUUCGGAACGAUUCUCUCAAUUCCAAUGGUGAGCAUAGACCAUUGCCACCCCUACCAGGAAUGGGCCAACACGCAAGAAGCGGUUCUACUUCAUCUGCCGGACUUUCGGCUGCUGCUGAGCGUGCAGCACAGAGACAUCUCCCUUUCACUCCACCAGCUUCAUCGAUCACCAAAUCAGACAUUCAGGGAAUGAGUGGGGGCAAAAUGUCUAUUGAGCAACGGCUCCAACUGAUGAUGAUUCAAGAUGAGGAAAAACCAAAAUCAGCUGCUGAGCAGCAAAGAGAGCGUCGAAUGAGACGUGGCGGACCUCGCGAGCGUAAUAGUCAAACCCCAGACCACGAAUCUUCCAUCCCUAUCCAUGAAGACGAGGAUACCGUUGAUUCGCUUCCGGACCUAGGAUCUUACCAAUUACCACCAAGGAUCUCCCGAGAGUCGAUCAUGCGAAAAGUACAUGGCCAGGACAACUUGCGCGAUUCUGACUAUAACUUGUCUUCUCCCAUGCCCUCAAGCCCAGAGAGUCAGUUACCUCUUGAUCCUGAUACUCCGUUGCCUUCCACAGAAGACGAUGCUUCAAUGCUCGAUGAUGAAGACAGCAUAGUCAUCAAACCAGAACCAGAAGAGGACGAAGAGAUGGAUGUUUACUCCGUCCCUGAAAUGUAUCAACCACCAGAAUCUUCCUUGGACGAUUAUAAUGAUGAGGAUGAGGUUCCAGCAGAAGAUGAUUCCGAAAGCCACUACUCGGAUCCUCCAGCGCUCAAUGACAACCAACAAGUAAACUCCAACAGUGGCCCUGAUGAUGAUGGUCCUCCAACUCCACGAGCACACAGCCCACUAUCACUGCCACCACCCCAGCAAGAUCCCGUUAAGCAAAAUAGAAAUGGCUCCUUGCCGGAAUUUGAAGGCUUUAUGGACAAAAACGACUUUGGUCUCAGUCUUUCCUCAUACAUGCAUACACCACCGCUCCCACCUCCAAAAGACGAGUUCCAGAUUCAACCUAUGUCUGAGCCCACGGAUGAGAGUGCAUCAGCAGCUCCAAGCAUGUCCAAAGCUCACGAGUAUCUUCAACGUCCAGAGACUCCACAAGAACGAAAGAUGCCCUCGUCGAAGCCCGAGUACGAUGGUACAGGUUGGGGAUCCGAGGAGGAAGAUGAAUAUGAUGAGGAGCCCGGUACUCCAGAUUCUGUCAUCAGACAUCCUAUGGUUCACGAUCCUCCCCCUCCAAGCGAGUCACCUAGUAUUCCAGAGCAGGUCGCAACCAUCAAAUCUUCUGGAUCUAAGCUGAAGACUAGGCCAUCCGCGACUCCCUCCGAUCUUAUGGCCAUGCGAGAGAUGAGACGACAUGUCAGUUCCGAGGUGCCUAAUAUUCCGGCCAUACCUGAAAGACACCGCGCUCGACCAUCACUUGGUGCAGAGGAUGACGACUUCUCUCAAUCAACCGGAAGCAUGGGGAGACAUCCAAGUUUCAACAAGAGGUCUUUGACUCUGGAUCUUGGUGGUGAUACAGGACUGAGUCUGGAUAAAGACUUUGACCGUGUGAUCGAAGCCCAAAAGGUUGCUUAUGACCUUUCCUCCCCAUCGUCUCCUUGCUUUUUGGAAUCUACUGGACAAGCGUCUACUUCAAGCAACUUGGAAUUCUCGAAAUAUUAUGCUAACAUUAAUACUCGUAAACAGCGCGGUUACCUCAUGAGGCAAAACACCAAACUUGUAGUUGCAAGCAGCGAUGACAAGGGAGAUGAACGAAGCGGUACUCGAUCGGCCGGUAACUCGCCCGUGAAAGCAAAUCGACCGCAAUCCUGGACGGUAGAGCCAUGGAAUGGGCAACAGCGUAAGGGUAGUGGUAAGGAUAGGCCAUCGUCUCGCAGAAGACCAUCAUCUGCUGUCCCACCUUUGCCUGGCCAGGAGAGUAAUGCUACAGGUUUGGGUAUACUGAACGAGGAAGAGCAACUUCUCAGCGCUGCAGGUGAAGAGCCAGGUGAGAGAGGUAGGCUGUUUGUCAAGGUCAUUGGUGUAAAAGAUCUCGAUCUCCCUCUUCCUAAAAGUAUGUAUCAUUAUUACAGCCAAAUCUACUGCUCUUACUAACCGUUUUUAGAUGAACAAACCUGGUUCAGUUUGACCCUUGAUAAUGGUGUCCACUGCGUUACCACAGCAUGGCUGGAACUUGGCAAGAACGCACCAAUCGGGCAGGAAUUUGAGCUUGUCGUGCCAAAUGAGCUUGAAUUUCAAUUAACCCUCAAUGCGAAAUUGGUCAAGCCCGCGCCAAAGCGCGUGACCGAGUCCCCUACCAAGAGUAGCAAAGCACACAAGUCUGGCAAGCCAUCAACAUUCAGCCGAGUAUUUGCCUCACCAAAGAAACGCAAAGAACUCGAAAUGAGGCAAAAAGAAGAAGAGCAGCGCAUCGCAGAUCAGAAACAACGUGAAGCACAAGCUAAACGAGCCACUACACAACCAACUGCAUGGGACCUUCUUUCUCCUCUUGCUGCGGAGGAUGGAAGCUUUGGGCGUUCAUAUGUAUGUCUUAAGGACCAUGAGACUCGCUGUUAUGGCCGGCCUUAUGUUGUCGAUGUAGCCUGCUUCAACGAGUGGGCAACUGAGGAGGCCCCUUUCUCAUCUAGCGUCAAGAGCCAACGCGCAAGUACAAUCAUCCGCAAGCGCGCGCCUUACAAGGUCGGGAAACUCGAGCUGCAACUCCUCUUUGUCCCAAAACCUAAAGGCGCAACGGAUGAUGAUAUGCCAAAAAGCAUGAAUUCGUGCAUUCGUGAGAUGAAGGAAGCCGAGACAUCGCUCGCGAGAAAUUGGGAAGGACCUCUAAGUCAACAGGGUGGAGAUUGUCCGGUAUGUUGACCCUCUGAGCAAUUUAACUUUCCAUUACUAACAUAUCAUUAGUACUGGCGUCGUCGCUACUUCAAGCUUGUAGGAAGCAAACUCACCGCAUACCAUGAGUCAACGCGCCAACCUCGUGCCACGAUCAAUCUCGCCAACGCUCAUAAAUUGAUUGAUGAUCGUCGAGCUCUGACACAAAAGGAGACAAGUGGUAAAGGUGGGAAGCGACGCAAGUCCGGAUUUGCUGAGGAGGAAGAAGGCUACAUGUUUGUUGAAGAGGGUUUCCGAAUUCGCUUCAACAAUGGCGAAAUGAUUGACUUUUAUGCCGACACUGCUGCUGAUAAAGAAGGCUGGAUGAAGGUCCUCGACGCAUGCAUUGGCAAAGAAGGUGAAGGUGCUAAAAGAGGUUGGUGUGAUCUCGUCUUUAAGCGCGAAGAGACUCUCAAAAGAAGAGCGGAGCAUGGCACAACUCGAAAAGAUGCACGUCAUGCCCGUACGAAGAGCAUGAUUAUUUAGCAAUAUUAAUGAGGUCUCGCAUCCAAUGAAGAAAUGUCGGCAUCCUUUUACGAUCAUACGACGAGCAGCAUUCUCACAAAUACCUUCCAUUCUUCGAUCUUCACGGUAAAUCUUGUUUUAAUCCGACCACAAAUCAUACGGUUCUUUGGCUUUCGCAGUCUUACUUGUCUUUCCAGCCCGGGCGGCGCUAAUAUUACAUACACCUAUUACAUUCUCCUUUUCUCCGUUUUUGCGUCGUGGUUUAGCUGUUGGAUGACAAAGAGGAGCCGAGGUGGAUGACAGUAGCCAUGGGGCACAGAAGAGGCAAAAGUGUUCAUUGGGACAGCAUUGUUUUAUAAGGGUCUGUGGCGUACUUAUUGGCUUUUCUUAUUUUCUUUUUUUCUUUUUUUUCUCUUUAGUUUUGUUUUUUUGUGUUUACGUGUUUAUCUGGGCAGACACCCCUUAUUUCCUAGUCGAGUCAAGUGAUAUUGAGGGAUGGAUGGAUGGAUGGAUAUGAUAUCGGUGUUGUUGGAUUGGGGGGGCGGAAGGC